UAAUCAUUCUUGUGUUGGUGUUGUCCGGCAUCAAAAUCAUAAGAGGCUAGGAUCCAAAGUUAUUUCCACUAUUAUGGCUGAUAAAGUGAGAUCCGAUCCUUUGAUUAAGCCCAAGGAUAUUGUCAAGCAUUUCAAGCAUGAUUAUGGGUUUGAUAUUCCUUAUCACAUGGCAUAUAGGGGCAAGGAGGCUGCUAAUAAGAUGUUACAUGGUAGUGAAGCAUUUGGGUAUUCUCUAUUGCCUUGGUAUAUUGACACAUUAAAGAGAACCAACCCCGGUUCAUACGUCAUCCUUGACUCUCUUGAUAAUCGUUUUCGUCGAUUGUUUAUAUCUUAUGGGGCUUGCAUAAACGGCUUCAAAUAUUGUCGACCUAUGCUUUUCCUUGAUGGGACUUUUAUUAAAAACAAGUAUAAAGGGAUGCUAUUGGGUGCUUGUGCUAAAACAGGGAACAAAGAUGUUUUCCCAUUUGCCUUUGCCAUUGUUGAUGCUGAAAGUAAAGAGAAUUGGAGGUGGUUCCUUGAACAUUUGGCAAUAAUCUUGGCGAGCGACUACCGGACUAUUGUAUUCAUGACAGACCGUGGAGCUGGUCUUUUGGAUGGUGUGAAAGAGGUGUUUCCAAAUGCGCCUCACUCCUACUGUAUCAAGCAUCUAAAGGACAAUUUGAAUGGCAGGUAUCCAAGUUCCUAUGGUUCUACUUUUAAGGAACACAUUGUGAGAUUGUUUACACAAGCUGCAUAUGCUAGGACUUUAGAUAUCUUCAAUGAAAAGUUGGAAGAAUUUAGGAAGCAAAGUCGUGGGCAGGGUCAGUCCUUUCUUGCUAACUUGCCACCCGAAAACUAUGCUAUUGCUUGCUUCCCUGCUAAAAGAUAUGGCGAAAUGAGUAAUUCUUUGGCAGAGAGCUUCAACAACAUGGUCAAGGAUGAGAGAUGCAUGCCGCUGCCUCAGUUGCUUGAAGGCAUUCGUGUGAGAGUUAUGGAGAUUUUUUGUGAAAGGAAGGUUCAAUCUUCUACUUGGAGGAGUGUGCUAUGUCCUAAGCUUGAGAAAAAGUUGUCGAAAAGGAUAGAAACAGGGAGAAAUUGGAGAGUUAGCCAGUCUACUAAUGAUAUUUUUGAAGUUUGUACAGAGGAUAGCACUGUCAUGGUGAACUUGGUUGAGAGGGAGUGUUCUUGUGCUUGGUGGCAGUUUAGGUGCUUCCCAUGUUCUCAUGCAGUUCAAGUAAUGCAGAAGGCGAACCGUAUCCCUUACCGUUACAUUGAAGAUUACUGGAAGACCUCAUUCUAUAGAAGUGCUCAUGAUCUUCCUAUUUUUCCAGUCCCGGAUCUUGAUAAGCCCAAUCCUAGUAGUUUUGGUGAUUCAGCUUUGCAGCCUCCCAAGACUCGAAAACCUCCUGGAAGACCACGGACAAGGAGGAUCAAGUCAUUUGGGGAAGAGUCCAGACCAGUGAAAUGCACACGGUGUGAUCAACUUGGCCACCACAAUCGCAGGUCAUGCAAUGUGGCGAUCUGAGACAGUAGCACAUUCAACAAUAACAGUAGCACAUGACAUGAUUCAGCAGUAGCAAAUUGAUUCAACAGUAGCAGCAGAUGGCAUGAUUCAACAAUAUGACAUGAUUCAGCAAUAGCACAUAACAUGAUUCAGCAGUAGCAGAUUGAUUCAACAGUAGCAGAUGGCAUGAUUCAACAAUAUGACAUGCAAUUUUUUGAUUCAUAUAUGUUCACACUGCAAUUUUAUAUAGUAGCAGUGCCUCAGAUUAAUUUUUUGAGUUUUUGAGAAGUUUCUAUGUCAUGAGGAACUGAGUAUUAUAGGGAUAAAUGGUCAUGGAUGAUCGUUUUCAAGCAAUAGCUUAUUCAACAGUAGCAUAUGACAUUGUUUCGUUGUAGCAAAUUAUAGAAAAAAGUUUAAUUUCAGUGAUUGAUAUUUUUGGUUUCCA